CUAGCUUAAAGACUCAUAAAAUUUGAGUAUUUUCAAGUCGGAUUGAGGUUCAGUCGCUCACCAGCUCUUAUCAGCUUUAGCAGCUGAAAACAAAUAAUUGCAUAAAGGAAAACAGUUCAGUUUUACAUGCAGCGAAGUCAACUGGACUGUAUUAAUAUUAAAACAAAAACAAUGAAAGCCUUGACUGUACUUGGACUUAUAUUGCUAGCAUGUCCAAGUCUGAGGAGUGAGAAUUUUGCAGACGAAUUAAGUUCACUGAGUACUGAGCAGCUACAGCAGAGAGUGAAACAUUAUAAUGAGCUCAUAGAAAGCUCUGAGAAAUUGGCCGAAGCAUUGGAACUUGAAUUCAAUGAAAUCCAAGAAUCGAUUAAUUUCGAUAACUCUGCGGCAGAGUUUGAGAGCAUGCGUAAGCUGUCGAAAGAGUACCGUGAGAUGAAAGCUAACUCCAGAGCUUUUGAAGAAAGCUCAAAGCUUUAUAGGGAUGAACUUUUGAGAAUCGAGCCUUUACUCUGUCUGGACGAUCACCAGGUUAAUGGCUAUGCUUACGGCAUUUGCGGAGGCGACAGCACGGCCGGACCUGGCUGGACUGUUAUACAGAGGCGCAUUGAUGACACGUUGCACUUCAAUCAAAGCUUUCAAAAUUAUCACUUUGGAUUUGGCAACAGCAACAGCAAUUUUUUCAUCGGCCUGCAGAAGAUUUAUGAGUUGACAAAUUUCAAACCUCAUGAGCUGUAUAUAAGGCUCAAAAGCAUUACGGGCGAAACCAAAUAUGCGCGCUAUAGCUGUUUCAAAAUUCAAUCUCAGCAUCAGGACUUCAGGCUCUCAGCAUUGGGUGAUUAUGUUGGCAAUGCUGGCGAUGCCUUAGGAAAAUCUCUAUACAAACAAUUCAAGAUUUAUAGCAAGGGCGACAAUGAUCCCAGCACUACAUCCGGCUGGUGGAUUGGAAACGGCUAUGAGGGCGUUGAGAGCAAUCUGAAUGCAUUACCCAGUCAAUGGAAUACUUGGCCUGUUUCUCUUAUAAAUGUGGAAAUGCUGAUACGUCCGCGAUUAGCUAUGCUCGAUUCAGAUAAAUACAAAUAUAGUUGCUAA